AUGGACUCUAUAACCGUCAAACGCCUCCAGCAUCAUCGUGAUGUCUCUCCUCACGGCAACCUUCGCCCUGGCGACUCCGAUGUCCAGCCAUUUCCCUUUCCGAAGCAAUCCUUCGAUUUCUCCUUGCAUGCGAAAUCAGAGAACGCAUACCCGCUUUAUAUUUCUUCUCUCUCUCAAUCUAUGAAUCAUCGUCUACGAAUUCAGGUAAAAGACUCAAGCUCCACCUGGUUUGUAAACCCAAAUCAGACCCGAGAACUCAAUCUCCCAACUCGACUCCACCUGCUUCAGAAAUCGCAGUUACAUUUGGAACGUUGGGGGUGGUGA